AUGACCUCUUUUGCAUCACAUCCAAAUCUAGAACUAAAGAAAAAUACGAGCUACUUUGUUAGUGAUAAGAAGGUGUCUGCAAUAGCUGAAUUUGUAAUAAAAAAGCGAGGACUUGCAAUAACAAUUGUAGAGGAUAAGCAUUUGAAGAACAUUAAAGCAAAAUUUGAUUUGGGAAAGCGCAACUUCUUGCCAAAAUUCUUGCUGUGGCAGAUGAACGGAUCAGAAUAUAUUCGCCAUUCGCGUUCAACGAUGGCCAAGUCAAAAUGGGUUGAAACUGAUUUUGACCUUGCAGAAGCAAAUGGAAGACAGUCAGUAUUUAUGGCAUUGGCCAGAAUUUAUCGUUUCGUUUACAACCCACCUCUUCCUUUAACAGAAAGGAAAGCAUGGAAAGCAUAA